UCCUUUUCAAUUCAGUUUAAAAAUUUUCUCGUUUUGCCAAAUUCUUCAAAAAACAAAAAUCACACUCUCCCACUAUCACACCAUCGGGCACGCGGAAUAUAACCAUCAGUGUAUUGAAAAACAAAAAAAACCCAUAACCAGCCGCCCCCAGACACAUACAGACAGACACAGACCUUUCGUUACACAUUCGAAAUUAGGCAACUACCCCAACGAUUCGAUCCAUCAAUCGGUUCAGAUCUAUAAUCAAUAGUGAUCCCUAGCAGAUCAUCAUUUCAACAAAGUCAACGUUGUAUAUUGUAUGGAACAUAUUAAAUGGAUUGCGGAAUGUAUUAGAAGUAGAGCUGGAAGGCUCACAUACUUUCAUUCACAGCAAACCUCUCGACAGUACAUAACCCAAGCCCCUACAAUCGAAGCCCAGUUCGAUUAAUUGGAAACUGAUCAAAUCAAUAGGCACUGGAGCGCUCUAUCAACCAUACAUAAGUCCCGCCGUCAUCCAAGCAUCCAAUCUGUUUCAGUCUGUAUGAAUCAAUCAGUCAAAAUCUAUCUCGUGAAUGAUCAGAUUCCCCCAAUCGAAUUUAAUUUUGUUACGACAUCAAAACUCUUAAUAAGCGGCAUACCGAUGCAAACACGUUUCGAAGACAUCGAACCGCUACUGAAGCCCUUCGGCAUCGUGAAACAAUGCGAGGCUAUUUCUAGUAAGGACCAAUCUACUCAAACAGUACAUAUUACAUUCGAAAACCCUGAGCAGGCGCAAAGAGCUGCUGGCGGCCUCAACGGAGUCGAAUUCGAGGGCAACAAGCUCCAUUGCGAGCAGCUGGAUAAAAACCAGCGUCGCAGUCAGCGCAAUCAGCGCAAUACGUACCCGGGUAUGCCGGGACCCGGGCGCCAGGCUGACUUCCCGCUGCGCAUUCUCGUCCAGAGCGAAAUGGUUGGGGCCAUUAUCGGACGACAGGGCAGCACGAUCCGGACAAUCACACAGCAGAGUCGGGCCCGUGUGGAUGUGCAUCGCAAGGAGAAUGUCGGCUCCCUGGAGAAGUCGAUCACGAUCUAUGGUAAUCCGGAGAACUGCACCAAUGCCUGCAAGCGCAUUCUGGAGGUCAUGCAACAGGAGGCCCUCUCCACGAAUAAGGGUGAAAUCUGCCUGAAGAUACUGGCCCACAACAAUCUGAUUGGAAGGAUCAUUGGAAAGUCUGGGAACACCAUCAAACGGAUCAUGCAGGACACCGACACGAAGAUCACCGUCAGCUCGAUCAAUGACAUCAACAGCUUCAAUCUGGAGCGCAUCAUCACGGUGAAGGGUUUGAUCGAGAAUAUGUCGCGGGCCGAGAACCAGAUCAGCACCAAACUGCGCCAGAGCUACGAGAAUGACCUACAGGCGAUGGCACCGCAGAGCCUCAUGUUCCCCGGCCUUCAUCCCAUGGCAAUGAUGUCGACACCCGGCAAUGGCAUGGUCUUUAACACAAGCAUGCCAUUCCCAUCGUGUCAGAGCUUUGCCAUGUCCAAGACGCCGGCCAGCGUAGUUCCGCCGGUCUUCCCCAACGAUCUGCAGGAGACGACAUAUCUCUAUAUACCGAACAAUGCCGUUGGGGCGAUCAUCGGCACUAAGGGCUCCCAUAUACGUAGCAUAAUGAGAUUCUCGAAUGCAUCCCUGAAGAUUGCACCCCUCGAUGCCGACAAGCCGCUGGACCAACAAACGGAACGUAAAGUGACGAUUGUUGGUACACCGGAGGGUCAGUGGAAGGCGCAGUACAUGAUCUUUGAGAAGAUGCGCGAAGAGGGUUUCAUGUGCGGCACCGAUGAUGUUCGUCUAACGGUCGAACUGCUUGUGGCAAGCUCUCAGGUCGGCCGUAUUAUCGGCAAGGGAGGUCAGAAUGUGCGCGAACUGCAGCGCGUGACGGGCAGUGUCAUCAAGCUGCCAGAGCAUGCCCUGGCCCCGCCAGCAGGCGGUGAUGAGGAGACGCCCGUUCACAUCAUUGGGCCAUUCUACAGCGUACAGUCCGCCCAGCGUCGCAUCCGGGCCAUGAUGUUGUCCACGAACCCGCCGCCAGUGACCAAGAAACAGAAAGCUGCCAAAGAACAACUGCAACAACAGCAACUGAGCUUAGCCGGUGCUGCGACCAGUGGAUCCCAGCAGCUUCAGCAACAGCAGCAGCAGCAACUUUCGCCGACGUUGCAGCAACAGCAGCAGCCACUGCCGCCGCAAUCGCACCAUCAAUCUGUGUCGGCGUCUUCGUCGUCAUCGACGCCGCCUGCCCAUCAUCAGCAGCAACAGCAGCAGGCGUCGUCGGCAGCGACUUCGCACCAAUUGCAGCAGCAACCGUCGCCGCCACUGAGCGCUAGCAAUGAAACUCUGGCCACCUCCCAGCAGCAGCUGGCGAGCUCGCAGCAGUAAGAAGUAGUAAGCAGAAAAAUCACUUGAAACGAGGAAGGAGAAGAUGUAGCGCCGCAACAACCAGCAACAGCAACAGCCACAACAGCAAUCGGAGGCUGCAACCAGCAACCAUCGAUAUCAGCAAUAGCCAAGGCAGGGUUUUCUUUUAUGUACUACUACUACCACAACUAAUACUACUACUACUACUACUACCAUCAAUACUACCUCCUACCCUCGUCUCAAAAGCAGAAACCACAAACCAUACCAUACCAUACCCUACCCUACCCUACCACAACCACCCAUAGGCGCCACCUUCGUGCUGGCACAGGCGACCAAUCCGCAACAGGAAAACAUAUAAAGAAACAGAAACAGGUUGAAAUCGUCAUGUGUGAAAGAGGUUCUUCCUAGUUUAUAACAGUGUAUAACAGUUGCAGUUGUAUAGCAGGCAACUAGAAACCAUCCUAAACAAAACACAAGAAAAUGUUUAAUCAAUGCAUGCUACGAAAUAAAGCGAAAUUCUUGAAUAGAAGGUAAAAAAACCCUCCCCCCACUUUGUGCUGUGUGUCCCAUGUAAACAGAUAACUGUGGGAUGUUAUUCCAUCACCAACAACAACAGCAACGGCACAAAGUCCACAGUCAAAGAAAUUCUACCACCCCCGCACCCCCUUCCCCAACAUCCCCGCAGAAUGGAGUGCAUGAAGGAAAAGCAGAAAUCAGAAGCAAAAGGAAAAGGAAAAAUUGAGCAUUGUAUGCGUUAGAUUUUUUUAAAUAUAUUUAAUUAUAAAAAGUUAAUUCUUAAUUUUUUUUUUAAACAAAACCUUUAGUAAGCUUAAAUUUAAGUGAAAACAAGAAUUGAAAGCCGAUCAGCGGAAAGAGUAUAAAGAAGGAGAAACACAAGAGAACGAAAUAGAAAAGAGCAGAAGCGAAAGGAAAAGAAAAGUUUGUUUUGUUUGGACAACAAUUACAACAGAGAAAUUAUUGUACACAUGCAAAAUUAUAAACGAAAUUGUAACCCAAAACAGAAUAAAACGAAAGAUUCAAUGAACGAUU